AUGAACGACCAACAACACGAUCUUUCCUACCCGGAUCCUGCAUCUGGUUACCAUCUAACACCUUACCCUGAAGUUUCACACCAAACCGAUCCCUACAGCUAUGCCUACGCUCCCCUGCAAGAGGAUUUCUAUCCUCCCAUGCCCCAACCUCUCAUGCAUGAAGGUUUUAUGCCGCGCGGUCCACAGCCUCUGAUGCACGAAGGAUUCAUGCCUAGACAUGACAUGGACGUAGACUCUGACGUUGAUGAAGAUCCAAGUGCUGGUUAUGGUGCUCUACAAGCGCAAUACGGUCUAAACUUCGUCUUGAACCCUCAGAGCUCUCAUACCGAUUUCCAUCACAACACCCAGUUCGGCCCCGAGGGUGGUAUCGUCUACGAAGAUGAAUUCGAGGGAGAAGACCUCCGACUUCAGCGCAGCCGGCUAGACAGCGUCGACCGUGAACUCUUGGAUGUUAGAGACAAUCCUCGCAUAGACCCCGACUUUGCCAUGUCUGAUGCAGGCGGCAGCUCCGAUGACAUGUCCAUCAACUCUGACCUCUUGAACGACAUUCUCGAUGAAGAAAUUGCUGCAGGAUCUCGUGGUCGCGGCAAAGGCCGUGGCCGAGGACGCGGACGAGGUACUGGACGAGGACGACGUGGUUGGAAGUGGGCUAUCAAAGGUACAGAGCACGAUCCCAAGGUGGCUGGAAGAGGUCGUGGCCGAGGUCGAGGCAGAGGGAACGGUGUUCCACGUGGAGAAGGCCGCCGAAAGAACGGCGACAAGAGAAAUACUGUCGCAGAGCCUGAUCCAGAGUUCAAGAGGCUGCAGUCACUCGCCACGCAAGCCUUCUUGAAUAACAACUAUCAGGCCGCUGCAGACUAUGCGCGUGAUGCUGUCAAGGCCAACCCCGAGAUUUUCGCUGCUCACAGUUUGCUGUCCGAGAUUCUUCUGGCACAAGGAAAGGAUCAGGACUCGCUGACUGUGCUCUUGCAUGGUGCUCACACAAGACGUGACCCGGCUUUAUGGUGGACUGUUGCAGAACGAACAUUGGAGUUGGCUGGAGAGAACCGCACUCCUUCUGUUCUUGAACAAGCCGUCUAUUGUUUCGCUUGGGCGAUCAAGCUCGACCCUGAUGACUACGAUGCUCGCCGCGAGAAGCUCAACUUACUUCUCGAAUCUGAUCAACCGGCAAGAGCGAGAGGAGAAGCCAAGAUGAUGGUUCGCCAGAAGCCGCAUGACCUCAACAUCCUCAAACAAUACGCGGAUCUGUGUGCUUACUCGGCGAGUACGCCAGAGAUCCAGCGUGCAAAAGAUGCUUACGAUGUCGCAAUUAACUUCUACUUCAAGGGCCGAUCCCUCGGUGUCCCAGAGACGCAAUGGUCUCAUCUCAAUGUUUACCUGGAUCUGGUCGAGAAGUGCGAGAAUCCCACACAAGCAGCUUUCCACCUCAGAAAGCUUUCGAGAUGGUUGCUUGGAAGAAAAGAAGACACUUUCUGGGACGAAUUGACAGGAGACGACAGAGAGUUUGACAAUGACGACGUUCCUCGAAGGAUACAAAUCCCGGAGUUCAAGUACAGUCGAUACACAAACAAGAAGGAGAUGUACGGCGAAGGUCUGCCCUUGGAGCUGCGUGUCAAACUCGGUCUCUUCCGUGUCAAGAUCAGUAGAGCUGAUCUUCCCGAGGCCAUGCGCCACUUCCAGCAGCUCCUUGACCUCAAAGACGAAGUUGCAGAUUACUUCGAUCUGUUCAGAGAUGUUGCCGAGGCUCUGAUUGAGCAAACCUAUUACGCAGAGGCCAUUCUCUUCUACGAGCCCAUUAGAUCAGUGCCCGAGGCAUGCGAUCACGACUACUACAUGAAGCUUGCAGACUGCUACAUGAUCUUCAAUCGCAACGCAGACGCAGAGUCUUGCUGGAAGUUCAUUGUCGACAAUGAUCCAGAAGACAUCAAGUCGCGUAUCGCGUUAGCCAAAUUGUACGAGGCUGAGCAGAGAAUGGCAGAGGCUGUUCCACUGGUUCACGAGGUUAUUAGACUCGGCCGAAGUGAUGCAGUGAAGAAGGCCAAGAUUACUGUCGACAAGCCUCCACCACCGAGAACUCUCGCACCUCUCAUGCCGCGACCUGAGCAGACUGCGCCUACCAGGAGAGUUGCGGGUCCAGUAUCUAGGCACUACUCCUUGGGCCCGAUGCCUGAGGAUGUCGACGAUGGCCGCGAUGGCGACUAUCAGGACGAAGGACACGACGACGCGGAAGAAGAAGAGGACGAUCAGGAUGAGGGUGAAGAAGAUGAUGAUGAGCGAUUCAUCGCCUUCCGCCCUGGCAAACGCGGUCGCCCAAAGACAGCAAAACAGAAGGCUCCUAGAGCAGCGCGUGUGUCUCAAACCUACGAACGUCUUCAACAGCAAGAUCAACGUAUCAAAGCCAACCACGUUCUCGUCAACUCGGCCAGAGAAACUCUAGAAGAAGACGAUGAUGCCCUACAGACCUACUUUGAAGCGGCCCAAGAGAUGAUCGACGACUUCAAGACCGUUCGCGCCUUCUACCCCGGCCGCGACAAACACAUCAAGUUUACUGGCUAUGGUCGCAACACGAAAAAUCCUGUUGUUGCUGAGAUGGAAGCUAUGAAGAAGCGAAUUGCAGAAGAUGGCAUGGAUGUCGACGAAGAAGUGCCUGACGAAAGCAUCCCCAACAACUUCCACGACAUCAAGUUUACGGAAUGGCUAGACAUGUUUUGCGAAUACGCAUUGCUGCUUGCCAAAGCUGCUGAUAGAGAAAAAUGCUACGAGGUGCUUACAGGCGCAUUCAGCUGUACGGUAUUCUACCACAGCCUUCAGCACAAGACACAAAUCCACGCGACUUGGAUGGCAUGCGCGCUCCUCCUCAACGACGAGCAAAAAGUCUGCGAGGUAGGCCGCUUCUUCAUCAUCGAAUGGCCUCACAGCGGCGCCGCCUACCAACUCUUCGCCGCUGUAAACCGUUUGUUUGCCGGCUACAGUAACUGGUUCAACAGCGGACCCACCCAAAAAUUCAUCCUGCGUCAAGUAAAAGCCCUCGAUUACGCCCUCUUGGACCCAGAAUCUCGCGCCCUCUACGCGUUCACAGGUCAAGAACGCAGCUCCUACACUCAUGCCGGCAAACGCGAUGCAAACCCUUACUCCCUCCCCGACCUCGAUGCCGGCGUCAUCUCCNUCUACGGCCACAUAAUGGCAGCAGCGCAAUCCUGGACGUCGGCACUAAACUACUAUUUCCGCGUCUUGACCUUGGAUCCAGAUAACAUUGCUAUCAAUCUCUGUUUGGCAACUGCAUACAUGCAAAUGGCAAUGAAACGGCAAGCAGAAAACAGACAUUGGCAAAUUUACCAAGGACUGGCGUUUUUGGAGAAAUAUGUGCGACUGAGGAUGAAGAGUGGGAGCGCUAUUCAUGAGCAAGAGGCUGUGUAUAAUGUAGGGCGCUCGUGGCAUUUGCUGGGGAUUAUGCAUUUGGCUAUUCCCGAGUAUGAGAAGUGUCUGGCGUUGGCUGAUAAGGUUAGGGAGGAGGCGAGAGAGAAGAGGAGACAGCAAGAAAGCGAUGAUGGUGAGGUCGAGGACGAAGAGGAAACAGAUCCUGAAGAGUUUACGCAAGAGGCGGCGUUUGCGUUGAUGCACAUUCUCGCUAUGAACAGUAACGAGAAGGCGGCGAGAAAGAUUGCGGAAAAGUAUCUCGUCAUGUGA